AUGGGCACCUACAAAGUCCGCGUCGCCACCAGGAACUUCUUGCUAGCUGGGACCUUCAGCUCCAUCUCCAUCACCCUGGUGGGGACGCACGAGGAGAGCGACAAGAAGCCCCUCGACAACUGCGGGAAGGAUUUCAACCCCGGGGCGACCCAGGUUGCUCCCCUGCUCAGCGGGGCUCUCUUUGGGACAUUGCCCCCCAGCAAAGCCAACUACUUCUUCCUCAGCCCCCUUCUGGGGGUCACAGCAGCCCUGUGGCUCACACCCACCACAGGGGCCAACCACAACCCAAAGUCUGCAGGGGCAAGUGCAAGUCAGGGGGGACCCAGCCACGACCGAGAGACCCUCAAGCUGCGCCUCCCUGCCCAGCUGAGCAGAUCUCACUGCAGCGGCGUUAAGGGCCAUGCCAGCCCCGAGCUGCAGCUCCUUUGGGAUGGCAGGCCUGGUGUUCUGCUCCACAAGGAAGCCCUACUCUUCUACCCACCGGGACCAUGGUACUGCAGCUUCGUGGAGGUCAUCUCCCCCCACGGCCAGACCUACCGCUUCCCCUGCUACCAGUGGAUCGAGGGCUACCGCACCCUGGAGCUGCGGGAGGGCAAAGGCCAGACAGUUUGCGAUGAUGCCGAUUCCCCAUUGCUGCUGGAGCAGCGGCAGGCUGAGCUGAAGCACCGACGAGAGUCCUAUGGAUGGAAGGAAUAUGCCCCUGGACUGCCACGGUGCCUGGCGGUGGACAACAUCAUUGAGCUGGACUGUAACACCAUGUACUCCUUUACCAAGAGCACCAACUUCCUGCUGCGCGGGGGGAACGCGCAGGUGGAGCUGCGGCUGAAGGGUUUCCUGAGCUGCACCAACUCCUGGGCGAAGCUGGACGACAUCAACAAGGUUUUCUGCUUCAACAAGACCCCGAUCACAGAGUACGUGCGGGCGCACUGGCGAGAGGACACGUUCUUCGGGUACCAGUUCCUGAACGGGGUCCACCCAAUGGUGAUCCAGCGCUGCACAGAGCUUCCCUGCAAUUUCCCUGUCACGCCAGCCAUGGUGGCCUCCUCCCUGGGGGAGAGCAGCAGCCUGCAGGACGAGCUGGAGAAAGGGAACAUCUUCCUCGCUGACUAUAAAAUCCUGGAGGGCAUCCCGGCCAACACGAUCAACGGCUACCAGCAGUACAUCGCCGCACCCCUCUGCCUGCUGCACCUGCAGCCCUCCGGGGAGCUCGUCCCCAUAGCCAUUCAGCUCAGCCAGUGCCCAGGCCCCGACAGCCCCAUCUUCCUGCCCAGCGACUCCGAGUGGGACUGGAUCCUGGCCAAGACCUGGGUGCGCUACGCCGAGUUCCUGGUGCACGAGUCCGUCAGCCACCUGCUGCUCACCCACCUGAUCGACGAGGCCUUCACCCUGGCCACCCUGCGCCAGCUGCCCAUGUGCCACCCGCUCUUCAAGCUGCUGCUACCCCACACCCGCUACACGUUGCACAUCAACGUCGUGGGCAGGACCCUGCUACUCAGACGCGGAGGGAACAUUGAAAAGGGCAUGGGCUCGGGGCUCGAGGGGACCAAGGUGCUGAUGGCCAAGGGCAUGUCCUGUCUGACGUACGCCUCCCUCUGCUUACCUGAUGACAUCCAAGAGCGUGGGGUUGACUGCAUCCCCAACUACUACUACAGGGAUGAUGGGCUGAAGAUCUGGUCGGCCAUUGAGAGCUUCGUCUCCGGUAUCGUCAGACACUAUUACCGCAGUGACGCCCAUGUGCUGGCCGACUGCGAGCUGCAGGCCUGGGCAGACGAGAUCUUCCAUGAAGGCUUCCUGGGGAACGAGGCUUCCGGCCUCCCCUCAUCCCUGCAGAGCAUCCCUGAGCUCAUCAAAUACCUGACCAUGUGGAUCUACUGCUGCUCGGCCCGGCACGCCGCCCUCAACAACGGGCAGUACGACCUUGGCGCUUGGAUGCCCAACUUCCCGUCCUCCAUGAGGAACCCCCCACCCCAGGCCAAGGGCACCUCCUCCCUGGAGAGCUACCUGGACACCAUCCCAGAGGUCAACACCACCAGCCUCGCCAUUUUCGUCCUCUGGAACAUCUGCUGCGAGCCAGGGGACUCGAGAUCCCUGGGCACAUACCCCGACGAGCACUUCACGGAGGAGGAGCCCAAGCAGCUGAUCAAGGCCUUCCAGGGGCGCCUGGCCCAGAUCUCCCAGGGGAUCCAAGAGAGGAACAAAUCCCUGCCCAUCCCCUACCGCUACCUGGAUCCCUGCCAAAUCGAGAACAGCACGUCCAUCUGA